AUGGCUCCUUUCAAUGCUGCAGAGACCGUUGAGCUUCUCCAUAGCCUUGCCCAGCAUUUGCCGAACGAGGAUGAUGAUCGCAAGAAGAUCGCUGAGGCAGCCUUCGGCCUUGCAAGGGCAGUCCAGCCCUUGUACGAUCAGGUGCAACAUCUGCUCUAUAGUGCUGUCGUGGUUCCUGUCAUCCGAGCCGCAAACGACCUUGAGCUGUUGAGGCUGCUUACGGAGGGCCCGAAGAGCACGAAAGAGCUUGUGACCAAGACCGGAGCGGACGAAGACCUUCUACGCAAGGCACUUCGCAUUUUGAGAUAUCUUGCCGCCUACCACGUCAUUGAGCAGCAGGAUGUCGACGGCUGGAAGGCGUCGCCAUUGACAAAAGAGCUCGCAGAACCUGAUAAGACGCUUUUCGACUGGUAUGGGGACCACCUGGAAAACUUGGCAUUUUUCAUGGGCUUUCUCCCCGUUGCUCGAAGUCCCAAAGCCAGGAAAUGGAUUGAUUCGGAUCUGCCCGACGUGGUGGCUUCCAAGGCUCGGGGUCCAGACGACGUGCUCUUCGUCGAUAUUGGCGGCAACGUGGGCAACCAGUGGUUUGAUCUCCAGAAGUAG